UGCGAUGCGAAAAAAUUCGCGAUGGUCUGGAAUGAGUGUUAAUGGACUAAAUAUGGGUGGUUUGGGAAUGAGCAUGGGUUUAAGGGGUAGAGCUUCUGUAUCUGAAGUUGGUUACAAGGAUCAAGAGCGUCCUUUGAUGACUGGUUUUGCAAAUCUGAAAGCAAAACUAUCUAGUAUGUCAGAUGAGACAGAAAUUGAUGCCAUAGAGUUAUUAGAACCUUUUCUGGAGGUUAUUCGCUCUGGAGACACGAAUGGCCCCAUAACAGUAUCUGCUUUAGGAAGCGUAGAAAGGUUUUUGACAUAUGGAAUAAUUAAUCGGAAUUCACCAAAUUUACCACAAGCAAUGUCAAUGCUUUCGUCUGCGGCCACGCAUUGCAAAUUCGAAGCGAGUGAUUCGGUAUCUGAUGAAUUCGUGCUUUUGAAAAUAUUACAAGUGUUGCGAUUGGCAUUAACAUCUGAAGUAGGACAUGUAUUAAGUGACGAGACACUCUGUGAAAUGAUGGAAACAGGACUAAGCAUGUGUUGUCAGAUGCGAUUAAGCG